AUGGAAUCAGUCGUGUAUGAGAACUCGCCUUUGGCUGAAUAUUUGGAAGGGGAGGGUGGAAACGAAGAGAGCUGGCCCGUGGAGAACCAAAGCGACGAUGAACAUACCCAUACCUUCAACUUUGCCCCUCAGGGGUCUUCCAAAUUCCAGGAUCGCGUUCGAAACAAACUACCGAAGCCUCUCAAUCUCCGAGGCACACCACAUGGGGAACUGAUCAGGAAACUAUAUGACGCUUGCUCGUCCGCCCUGAACGUCCGAUUAGCACGAAGCGACAACGAACGAUUUUUGGAACAAUUUGGCUACGUUAUUGUCGCGUCGCAACUGUUGAACGAACACAGCGCUCCUUCCUACACAUCCGCUGCAGAUGUCCUAUCUGCAAAACAACCCUCAACUCUCCCGUCCCUAUCUACAACUUUUGGAAUUCAAGGCGCCCUUGUCACAGCCCUCACAUCCUUUUCUAUUGCUUGGUUAUUACAUUGGAGCCGUUCAAGGACUGGGUCAGGACCCAGUCUCAAGAAAGUUGGAGUGCUUCUUAUAUUUGUGCCUGCUGUCGGUAUCUUGUUCUAUGCUUUCGCAAAACGACAGUGGUUGAAAUAUCUCCGGCACCAGGCUGUUGAAGCAGCUGGAACUUUUAUUGGAAAUGCUCAAGGAUUUGAUUCGGCUGCGUCGGCUUCCGUGGUCUUUAUUCAGGAGGUUGAACUUGUAUCCAGAGGUUAUCGGAUAAGUACUCCUCUACCACCCAUCAGUCGGCUGGAGGAUGCAGUACAAACGCGACGAUGCUUGAGAUUGCGCCGAGCGGUGUCCGAAUGCUUCUACUCCAUGCUCGAGCGGUAUAUUCAAUCCCAGAAUACCUUACGCCCACUGACCGAUGAAGGCGAUCUUGCGAAAUAUUACGACAUUUAUGACAUUGGACUGGAAGAACUCGAAGGAAUUGAGGUGUCCCUGUCGCAGCGAACCAACGAGGAUCAAUACUCGUUGCGCUCCCUGAGGGAUCUAUUUGGAAAACUGUACAGCGUGAGAAAAAGCGUGUUGUGCUGCUUGCUAGCCCUCAGCGCCGAUGGUGGUGGCUCUGAUAUUGCUCGGUGGAGUUCUGCCGUUGAGGAAAUGCGUGAGCUUGCUACGGUGACUGGCAACAGCAUGCUGAAAAUGACAGCAAUUUUAAACGAGGAGGACCGUGAUAACAUUCCUCCCUCCCCAUUACCUUCCGCCUCGCCAAGCAGGGACCACCUACGUGCUCAAUUUCGACGGCUCAACUCUUUGUCACAAGGGGUCCGUGCCUUGCAUGCUAAAAUGCACAUUGCCAGCGAGGAGUCACAUGCCAAUCUAGAACGCGCAGACCCCGACUUUGAAGCCACCCUCCUUACACAAUAUGACUCGGUUGGCAGUGAUCUUAGGGCUCUUCUCCAAGAGUGGGAAGUUGGUAGAGUCGCCUUGGUAAACCAACAUGAUCGCCUUAGUGUCGGGGAUCGCUCGCGACCGCCAAGUACUUUCUUGUUACCUAUGUCCCCCACUCCUAGCCUGGGAGGAUCUACCGCAGUCGAGGGCAGCCCGAUGGAUGCACUUGAAGCCUUAACUGGCGAGGGCCGGCCGGAUCUGACCCAGACCUAUGAUGACGAGGAAAUUUUCGAAGCUGUUGUACUCCCGGCCUCGAGAAACAAGAGAGUUUCUUUGACAAGAGACGAGCGUCUCGCGCGUACUGCUGCCUCUUUCAUCUUCGCUCAAAUACAUACCCAGUUCACUCUCCUCGUCCUCCUACCACCCUCUUCACUUCAAAAAGACACACACUCUCCUCAUAUUUCCUUACGACCCAGUUUUAAAUACACACACAUCAAGAUGUUGGAAGCACGAUUGGAACAGGCCAGCCUUCUGAAGCGCGUCGUCGACGCCAUCAAGGAUCUUGUCCAGGACUGCAACUUUGAUUGCAAUGACUCCGGAAUCGCUCUCCAGGCUAUGGACAACUCUCACGUUGCCCUAGUUUCCAUGCUGCUCCGCGCCGAGGGUUUCUCUCCCUACCGCUGCGACCGUAACAUCGCCCUCGGCAUCAACCUGCUCUCCCUGACCAAGGUGCUCCGCGCCGCCCAGAAUGAAGACAUCCUGACCCUCAAGGCCGAGGAUUCCCCCGAUGCCGUCAACUUGAUGUUCGAGAGUGCAGAGACAGACCGACUGAGCGAGUACGACAUCAAGCUCAUGGAUAUUGACCAGGAGCACCUGGCUAUCCCCGAGACUGAGUACGCUGCCACCGUGGAGAUGCCUUCUUCCGAGUUCCAGCGCAUCUGCAGAGAUCUCAACGCGCUGUCCGAGUCAGUCGUGAUUGAGGCCAGCAAGGAGGGUGUCAAGUUCUCCUGCCAGGGUGAUAUCGGUAACGGAUCCGUCACCAUCCGCCAACACACCAACGUCGACAAGCCCGACCAGAACGUUGUCAUCAACCUCUCCGAACCCGUCGCCCUGACCUUCUCCCUCAAGUACCUCGUCAACUUCUGCAAGGCCUCCAACCUGUCUUCAUCUGUCGUGCUGCACCUCUCCCAGGAAGUGCCGCUGCUCGUUGAGUACGGUCUCGGAAGUGGCCACCUGCGAUUCUACCUCGCUCCUAAGAUCGGUGACGAAGAGUAA